ACGAUGCGGAGGAGGCGAGGACAGGUGCGGCAUCCCAGCUGCCAACCCUCGCCAUGAACCAAGCAUAAAUAUGCCUCCCCAUGCCAUGUGUUUGUGCAAGGUUACCAGGUUUCAACGAGAAAUCAGCGCUUAAUCUGCACCGCAGCUAUAUAUAUUAGCUCGAACUCAUCGUCCGGCCGGGCUCCGGAGUCCCCAAGAACGAACAGGAGCGAGGACCGGACUGGAGACAAUGGCGUCCGAGUACUCCUUUGCCCGAGGCGUCUCCCUCCCCGCGCACCGGCCGCCCCUCGCCUUCACCUCCUACAGGCUGCGGCACGGUGCCGCCGUCGCGAGGGCGAACCGCCGGGUCGUCGCAGCCAGAGCGGCGAGGCCGGUCUCAGUGGGCGCCGCCAGGAGGAUGCCCGGCUCAGUCAGAUACGGCGGCGCCGGGGUAGCGGCGUUGCGGGUGGAGGAGGCGGGGGUGGCCGUGCCACCGUCGGUGCCGGUGCGCGUCGCCUACGAGCUGCAGCUGGCCGGCCACCGCUAUCUUGACGUCAGAACGGAGGGCGAGUUCGCCGGCGGGCAUCCGGCAGGAGCGGUGAACGUCCCCUACAUGUACAGCACCGGCUCAGGAAUGGCGAAGAACUCGCACUUUGUCGAGCAAGUGUCGGCUAUCUUCCGCAAGGACGAUGAGAUCAUCGUCGUACGUUUGCCACUGGCCCUAAACGUUUUCUCUCCUUUUUUCUUUCAGUUCAGAAAACUUCGUUUGCCAAUUUCAGGGAUGCCAAAGUGGCAAGAGGUCUCUCAUGGCAGCAGCCGAACUCUGCUCCGCUGGCUUCACUGCCGUGACCGACAUCGCCGGAGGGUAUUCGACUUGGAGAGAGAACGGGCUGCCGGUCAAUGGACGGUGACAUCGCGGCCUGAACCAUUAUAAUCUGUCUUAGUAUCCCCCGGGAUACCACGUCAGUGCACUCAAUAAGCAAAUGGAGCUUGAUAAGAUGUGUAGGAUAUAUGUGCAAGGUUAAUGUUAGAAUUUCCGUUCAUCACCUGAACUAUUGUAAACUGGUCCCAUUACAAGAAUAGGGCAUGCACUGAAUCUGAAGAAUGUUACUAAUAAUGUACUGUAGAGUUACAGACAAGGCGGCUAGUUAAUGAACGACUCCUUUUUUUUU